UCACAUUUUCAGCGGCUAAAUUUGGACUCUCUACCUCUCCGGGCAGCCUCAGCCUCGUCGGAGCCGACCCGACAAACCGUUUAAGUCGGGCACCCAGAGCAACCGAAGGCACGUACCUUUAUCCCCACGGUGACUAUCCACCAGAAUAUUCUCAUUCUCCGUGAAAUCGAAGCUGAAAUUGUCUUGCUAGAUCGUGAAAGUUUGGGUUUUCCGGGAAUCGGAGAGUUUGGUUCUGUGAUUUUUGUGGGAAAUGAGCUCAGAGGGACGACAAUGAAGAAGAAGUCGAGAAAUGUAGGGAAGUAUGAGGUGGGGCGGACGAUCGGCGAAGGGACAUUCGCCAAGGUUAAGUUUGCGAGGAACUGCGAGUCCGGCGAAAGCGUGGCCAUGAAGGUUUUGGCCAAAAGCACCAUUCUCAAGCACAGAAUGGUUGAUCAGAUUAAAAGAGAGAUAUCCAUAAUGAAAAUUGUCAGGCAUCCUAAUAUUGUAAGGCUGCUAGAGGUUUUGGCUGGUCGGACGAAGAUAUUUAUAAUUCUUGAGUUUGUAACUGGAGGAGAAUUGUUUGAUAAAAUUGUUCACCAAGGAAAGCUUCCUGAAAAUGAAUCCAGGAAAUACUUUCAACAGCUUAUAGAUGCAGUUGCCCACUGUCACAGUAAGGGUGUGUACCACAGAGACCUGAAGCCUGAAAAUCUUCUCCUUGAUGCUUAUGGAAAUUUGAAGGUUUCUGACUUUGGACUAAGUGCAUUGCCCCUGCAAGGGGACGGUCUUCUUCAUACCACGUGUGGAACCCCAAAUUACAUUGCGCCUGAGGUGCUGGGUGACCAGGGUUAUGAUGGCUCUGCUGCUGAUAUUUGGUCAUGUGGGGUUAUCCUAUUUGUUUUAAUGGCUGGAUACCUCCCAUUUGAUGAGACAAACCUAUCCACCCUCUAUAGAAAAAUUAAUGAUGCAGACUUCUCCUGUCCGUUUUGGUUUUCUCCCGAGGCAAAUAAAUUGAUACAUAAGAUACUUGAUCCCAAUCCCAAAACUCGAAUUCGGAUUGAUGGAAUCAGAAAGGAUCCAUGGUUCAAGAAAAAUUAUGCCCCUCUCACAUAUAGGGAAGAUGAGGAAGUAAGCUUGGAUGAUGUUCGUGCAGUUUUUGAGGAUAUUGAGGACCAAUAUGUAGCGGAGCGGUCAGAAAUUAAGGAUGGUGGUCCUUUGUUAAUGAAUGCGUUCGAGAUGAUUACCCUAUCCCAAGGGCUAAAUCUAUCUGCAUUGUUUGACCGGAGACAGGAUUAUGUAAAUCGACAAACCCGAUUUGUUUCCCGCAAACCAGCUCAUGUUAUAAUUUCAAAUGUAGAAGCUGUUGCGGAAUCAAUGGGUCUCAAGGUCCAUACGCGCAAUUACAAGACAAGACUUGAAGGAAUAUCCGCAAAUAGGACGGGACAAUUUGCAGUGGUCCUAGAGGUUUAUGAAGUUGCACCAUCCCUUUUCAUGGUAGAUGUUCGAAAGGCUGCCGGAGAUACUCUUGAAUAUCAUAAGUUUUACAAGAAUUUCUGUGCCAAAUUAGAAGAGAUUAUUUGGAAACCGAAGGAGGGUAUGGGUCGUUCAAAUCUCCGUAAAACAAUGACUUACUGAUCCAUUUCCUUGGGUGUGAAACAAAUCAGUGAGCAGACUAACAAAAGAAGGCUACAUCACAAGGAACGUGCCCUGAAGCUUGGCCAAGUUUUAGUGGCAACAAACUAGUGUGUCCUCCACAUGUUGUAUUUGCUUGUAAUUUUUUUUUGUAUGUUUUUCGUUUCGAUAUGUAUUUAAUCUACGUUGAGAGAGAUCGCCAUGUAUUUAGUAUACAAAGGAUUCUCAGAAUGUAAAAAUCAUGAAGAUUGUUGAUUUAAUCCACCGGUAUAGGAGUUUCUUAAUGU